CUAUAAUACUUUUCUUUCUGUUUUUAUCAUGAGGGAGUUCAUGGUGAGACUUCACGUAACAUUUAUGUGUGCGCCGUGUAUGAGCUUACUUAGAGCCGUUGAAUUAGAGGGCUGCUUGAAUAAAACAAAACCGAAAGAGCUUGGAUGACACUGAAAAGUGUGAUGGCCCUUUGUGGGAUUUUUAUUUUGUGGUUUUAUGUGCUUAGCAAUGUGGAAAGUUGCAUAAAUUCCCAUCUGCUGGCUUUUACUUUCUCAUCCCCUUCCUUAAGCUGUAUACACUAUGGGUUUUUAGUGUUUUACAGAUUCAUAAUUGUGUGAAUUAUAAUAUCCAGAUAUUGCCUUACAAUACCAUAACAUCUCGUUGUCAUUGGCACGCAUGACCGUAUCCUAGUUUUUUUUAAGGUUUAGUAUAUUGGUGUACUGUAACAAGAGCUUCUAACUAGUUAUAACUGGGGACCCAUUCCAAAAUAUAAAUUGGUUGAAUUGCCGUAAAUAAUUGUAUGUUAUAAUAGUAAGUAACUUAAAAUUGUUUGACCCAUGUAAAAUACAAUUGUAUGGUCAUUGUCAAUAAAAUGUUACUUAAAUGCGACCUCCUGUCUCUUUAAGAGGGUUCUCCCGUGACAUUAAAACGAUGUCACAGUUAUUCCUUGCGUCACUACUACACGCUUGCUCCAAGCGUGAGCGGAGUUUACAAUCUGAGCACGGAGAGUAGUACAACAACAACACAGACACGCACACCGUGGACAGAUUUACACACCACUACGGCAAUUAUACAACUAAGCACGAUGGCGUCUGCAAGUGUGGUGGGGCAGAACCCGGGACCACAACACCGGUUGGAUUCGGAACCUCCAAUGCUCUUCUUAAAAUUCGUCAACGUGAGAAAGAAAAUGCCGAGGAAAACCUCCCUUGAAAAAAUCAUGUUAAGGAAAUACUCCGGGACCUUGGAGACCAGCUCGGCGAAAUCCGAAGGUGGUCGCGGUUUUGAUGCAGCGUCGCUGAAAUUGUCGAUUCAUCAUUCCGACUCUCCGGCACUGGCGGGAGAAACUGCAUACGGCUCGGCGUCGCCUAGCGAAGGAUGCGCAGCGCCGCGCGCUGAUGCGCCACGUAGCGUGGACGGGGACAUAGGCGAGCGCACGGACUGCGACAGCGGCGGCCGAGAGAGCAGGACAACACCGGCGGGUCGAGAAAGUCAACGGGGACAGAGCAAUGACCGCAGCCAAAACAUGUGUGACUGUUUCUUGAAUCAAAACACACGUGGAGAAAAGAGAAAUUCACACAAAAGGACAGCAGAGAUCACUGUCAUGCCAGGCGCUUUGGCGGCAAAUGGACAUACAGGAGCGCACUCGGACGUGCUGCACGGGAAGCGCGCGUCCCCGGGCAGCGGCAUCAGCAGCAGCAGUAACAACAACGGCGUCUCCAUGGGGUCACCGGACGGGGAGGCAGGGGGGCGGCUGCCGGUAGAGAGACUGACACAGGGCCGCACCGGUGUGGUAAGGUUUGCCCGGUCUGAGCCUCAGCGGCGCGAGGCGUGGACCAUUUUCACCCCGGAGACGCAGGGUGACCCUCGCGUCAAAGCGGAGCGCGGCGAAGGGCACCGGUUCGAUUCCAGGACGGUCACGCAGGACUGGUGUGACGUUUGUAACUGUCAGAUCAGUGCGCGUGCAGCUCUGAAGUGUCAAAACUGCAGCUACACCUGUCAUCCGGAAUGUGAGAGCCACGUACAGCUGGACUGCAACCAGAAGGAAAAGAGGGCCCAGGAAACUUCAUUACCCAGAAGCCACUCCUCAAUCGCCACCAAACACAAGCUGCGGAAUGAGGUCAAAACAGAAGAGGAGGGAGGGACGAAGACCCUGUCCGAAGAGGAGGUGCAGACAAGAAUAGCGGGGUACAAUGCUCAGAUCUCUGAGAACCUCAUGAAACUGGGUUCCGACGGGUGCUACACAGGCUUCAUCAAGGUGCACCUGAGGCUCAGUCGGCCCGUCACAGUCACCGCCGUGGGCGGCUCCGCCCCGGAUGGCGGCCUGGGGCAGGCCAACAGACCGAGCGGCUCGCCGCCGCCGGCCCCCGAAGGCCAGGAGGAGACGACCGCCGGCCAGGGUGCAGACAACAGAACCUCCUUCUACCUGCCGACCGACUGUUUGAUGCAGCUGCACAUCAGCUCAACCACCACGGCCCGGGAGGUGAUCCAGGGCCUGCUGAAGAAGUACAAGGUGCUGGAUAACCCCCGCAAGUUUGCCCUGUACAAGCAGACGCACCGCGAGGGCCAGGCUCUGUUCCAGAAGCUUCCUCUGUGUGAGUGUCCUCUCCACCAAAGGCUGAUGGCCGGGCCCGACCCCAAGCAGCUUAGCUUCAUCCUCAAGGAGAACGAGACAGGGGAGGUCGAGUGGCAUGCGUUCUCCGUUCCCGAGCUGCAGAACUUCCUGGUGAUCCUGGGGAAGGAGGAGGGGGAGCGGGUUCGCACGGUGGAGCAGCGGUACUCCGUUUACCGACAGAAACUACAGCAGGCGCUACAGCACCAUGACCCCUGACCCCUCACCUGUCGCCUUUAUGACCUCAUGUCCAGGAGAGGAGGGGGUGGGGGGACCACUGAUAUAUUCUAAGAUUGAAGCCGGAGUCAACGUUGUCCGUUGUGUGGUGUUUGGUGUAUUUGCAGACUGACCAAGCGACAUGUUUCCAUCUCCACAAAGGCACAGCAUCAUACAACCUAAAAACAUUGACUUUGGGAUGUAGCUUGGGACUGAAAGGGGAGAGAUGGGUCUGAUCCGAUACGGUUUAGUAUUGUUAAAGUUGACCCUUCUUCUGCUACUACUACUGCUGCUGCUACUGCAAGUGUUACUUACGCAUGAGUGUCUCCCUCCAAGCACCUGCAUACAGACAGAUAGAGACACACACACACGCACAAACAUACAACACCGGAUCAUAAAUCCACAGGGGAAACCGUUAAAAUCUUCACAGGUUUGGAGAAGGGUUCUAUGUUUGGAUGGUAGGAUGGUGAAUCAUCGACGAAGUAGGCCUUCACUCACUAUGUCAAUCAUCAAAAAGGUUAGUGGGCAGGGAGUACUCAGGGAGCCUGGGUGGGAAUAAAGGUAAACGAAAAUCUAAUAAUCAGAGCUCUAUUGUUCCAUAAAUACAUCACUCCCUCUCAGGACGGCCUAUUCCUUCUCUUUGUCCUAUCUGGAACUCACACGGUAGAUGAGGAUUUACAUAUGAAUAACUGGGCUGCCAGGUCUUCGCUCUUUCUCCAAAAACAUGGACGCCUCCUUCUCCUUUUCUGAAGGCAGGUUUACAGAAGUCAGGAAGCGACUUAAAGAAAACAUGAAAAGGAAAUGUACUU